CACCACCUCCACCACCACUAGGUCGAGUCGAGGAGGAGGAGGAGGAGGAAGAGGAGGAGGAGGAGGGAUGAGGCGCGCGGCGGAGGGGAAAUGGCUGCCGAAAACAAGCCGGAAGGACUGAAGAAGAUAAGAAAUCCAGAGCGGAUGGUCAGGAUUGCUGUUGGCUACACAGGACACACCCCUCCCAAGAGUGACGACACUGACGCCAACAAUGAGCCUGGCCAGUUGAAGAUCUACCUUCCUAAGAAGCUGCUAGAGUGUCUGCCCAAAUGUUCCUCUCUGCCCAAGGAGCGCCAUCGCUGGAACACCAACGAGGAGAUUGCUGCAUAUCUCAUCACUUUUGAGAAACAUGAUGAGUGGCUGACGACAUCGCCAAAAACCAGGCCUCAGAAUGGCUCUAUGAUCCUUUACAAUCGUAAGAAGGUGAAAUACAGAAAAGAUGGCUACUGCUGGAAGAAAAGGAAAGACGGGAAGACCACCCGAGAGGAUCAUAUGAAGCUCAAAGUCCAGGGAGUAGAGUGUCUGUAUGGCUGCUACGUCCACUCCUCCAUCAUCCCCACCUUCCAUCGUAGAUGCUAUUGGCUGCUGCAGAACCCAGACAUUGUGCUGGUGCACUACCUGAAUGUACCGGCAGUGGACGACAGUGGGAAGCCAUGUGGUCCUGUUCUCUGCUCCAUCAACACAGACAGGAAGGAGUGGGCCAAGUGGAGCAAGGAGGAGCUCAUUGGACAACUCAAACCCAUGUGUGCUGGAAGCAGCCUGCAUCAGAAGUGUUCCAGUGUCAAACAGCGCAUCAUCUCAUCCAAGCAGGAGUCAGGGGCAGCAGCCGGAGGUGGAGCUACAGUGGGUACAGGCGUAGCUGCAGGUCAGAGAGUUGAGGAAGCAGAUGGCACAGAAGUCCAGAACAGUGAUGUGUCAGAAGGCCAGACAGAGCCCAGUCCUGGAGGAGGAGGCAGGAGCAGAGCGGGCGGAGGAGAGAGGAGGAAUGGAAGGAUAACAAAACCCUCCCUCCUCCCACAGAGCAGCAUGGAAGUGUCCUCAUCUACCUCCACCAACCAGGUGGAGGUCCCUGACACCACCCAGAGCUCCCCACUGUCAAUCACCAGCGACAUGGCUGACAGCCCGGCCCUAGCCAUUGGGGCCGGCUUGUCACAAAGCACAGCCGUGUUCAUGUCUGAGGUCACCACACUGACCGGGGAUUCAGUUUACUCUGCUGGCCACACCCAUCUGUUGGCAUCCACCCAUGAGAGCACCACUACUGGCAUCCUAUUGGCUGUUGCCCCUGAAAAUCAAAGAUUUACUUCAUUUCCUGGAGGUGUGGGUUUAGGGGAGGGAGGAGAGUUGGUUCUGUCAAGCUCUCUAGAUUCAGGUGGAGGAGUCAGCCUUCCAGAGACCACCAUGACAUUUGACCCUGACUGCUUCCUUAACAAUCCCAAACAGGGUCAGACGUACGGAGGAGGUGGAGGGAAGACUGAAGGGUGUAACAGUGACGAAGGGGGACUGCACUGUUCCUCUAAUGGCUUUGUCUACAACCCAAGCCUCGUCAACAACAUCAAGACAGAAACCACGUCCCUGGAGCAGCCGCUAUCCACUCAGAGCAGCUACGUGGGAGAAGGGACAGGCCUCAGCCCCAGCACCACCCUGGAGCAGAUGGACUUCAGUGCUGUGAUGUCAUCAGCCUGUGUCCCAAGUCUGGCCCAAACUGCACACCACCCCUCUCCAAGCCUUUUCCUCCAGACCUCCCCCCAGACGAACCAGCCCUCCCAGCUGCAGACCAACGGUGCUGAAGCGACGCAAGAAUCAGGUGAGGCUCAGGCCUUCAUAGGCCUGCCCACAGUGCCAACAGACUCUCCUGUAACCAACGGAGACCCACAUACACACCUCCACCCAGCCAGCUCAGAUCAGCAGGGCCUGUGUGGAAGGAACGGACAAGGAGGGGCAGUAAACUCCUUUCCUCUGACGCCACAGGAAACAGCCGCUGACCAGUUGGGCAGCAGGAGGAAUCGAGAAGUAGGGGGCUUAGAGAAGGCUUCUGAGAAUGGAGGGGAGUUACUAAUCAAGUCUGGAGACCCUCAUGAGGCCUACACAAGUGUGGACACAGAGCACUACCUUCAGUCCACAGAUGAAAAUGCAGGAGGAGAGGAGGGUGGGGGAAGUGGUGGGGGAGAAGAGGGAGGAAAUGAAAUUCUCUGUAAUGGUGUAAGCUUGUCAGGGGCAAGCAGUUCAGUGGUGGCUAGUCCUCAAUCCAUAUCUACUGGAGCAACUAUGGAGGGGCCACUCUACAGCUCCCCUCUGCCUCAGCAGGGUGGAGGAGUGUCAGCUACAGCAGCAGGGGCAGGAGCAGCCAUCAGUCUGGAGGGCUUUGAGGCUUCUUUUGGAAGCCAGUUCUCUGAUCUCAUCAAUGAUUUCAUCUCAGUUGAGGGCUCUGGAGGUGGAGUGGGGGCUGCAGUCUCUGGGGUUCUCAUGCCCCAGGAGGGGGCAGCAGGAGAGGAGCAGGGCACAGGAGCAGGCCAUCUUCAGAGCUCUGAGGUGGAGCAGGGAGCUCUGGGACUGCUGCAGGAGACUGGGAGGCUGUUUGGUGUGACAGACUACUCCCCAGAGUGGUCUUAUCCAGAGGGUGGAGUGAAGGUGCUCAUCACUGGGCCGUGGUUGGAGUCGAGCAGUGAGUACAGCUGUCUCUUCGACCACAUCAGUGUUCCUGCUGCCCUCAUACAGCCUGGGGUGCUGCGCUGCUACUGCCCAGCCCAUGAUACAGGUUUGGUGAUGCUGCAGGUAGCUAUGGGUGGUGAGGUUAUCUCUUCUUCUGUGGUGUUUGAAUACAAGGCCCGUGACCUUCCUGCCCUGCCAUCCUCUCAGCACGACUGGCUGUCCCUCGAUGAUACACAGUUCAGGAUGUCCAUCCUGGAGCGUCUGGAGCAAAUGGAACAGAGGAUGGCUGAGAUAACCAAUCAGAACCCCAGCUCAGAAACCAUGGCAACCAAGGGAGGUGGAGUGGAAGGAGGAGGUGCCACAGAUCAGCAGUCACAAAUUUCACCUGAUCAAGGUUCAUUUGAGGGCCGUGUGGUGGUGGUGUGUGAGAAGAUGAUGUCUCAGCCAUGUUGGGCUUCAUCCAAUCAGCUCGUCCACAGUAAGAACUCCAGAGGAAUGACCUUACUGCAUCUGGCUGCAGCUCAGGGCUACGCAGGACUCAUUCAGACACUUAUUCGCUGGCGCACAAAGCACGUCGACAGUAUUGACCUCGAGCUGGAGGUGGAUCCUCUCAAUGUAGACCACUUCUCCUGCACUCCACUGAUGUGGGCAUGUGCUUUGGGCCAUACCGAGGCAGCGCUGGUGCUUUUUCAGUGGGACCCGAGAGCUCUGGCAAUUCCUGAUUCACUGGGACGCCUGCCACUCAACAUCGCCCGGUCUCGUGGCCACACUCGAUUGGCUGAGCUCUUAGAGCAGCUGCAACAGAGUCCUCCAGCUCAGGGUCAGCUGGGUGACACUUGGAUGGACAGGUGGAGAGGAGAGCCACAGACCAGCGGACUAAGCAACAGUACAACCCCAAACCCUAACGCAGAGCUGAGAAGAGCCAAGGCAGAGAGCCAACCAGAAAACCAGAACCAGAGCUGGAGCCAAACAGGACACAGAGCCCCACAGGUAGACCAGGGAGGCCCGCCCCCAGCCAAAAGACUCAAACCAAACCCUGACACCCAGCAACAGCUUGAUAACUCAACCCCUGGCACCCAAACCCUCAACGACCUCCUCAACUCGCCCCCUAAACAUAACCCUCAAUGCUCCCUGCUCCCAAACUCCCUGCAAGCUCAACCCUCCAACCUUAGCUGUCAAAACGCUCCUCCUGCCAGCUCUGGCCACAACCGGUCUCAGCUUCCCAGCACUCCAUUCUCCCACCUGCAGGCCAGGAUAGGGGGGUCUGGAGGGGGCACCAGAUGGAGUCUGAGACAGACUCUAGGGCAGCGUAGCCUGGCCAGGAGGAUUCUGGGAAAAGAACGACUGGCCAUUCACCUGCGCCAAAGAGUGCUAUCUGACAGAGGAGAAGAGACAGAGCUGCUGACCUUUCAGGAUAACACAGAGGACCUGCAGAUGGAUAUUACAAUGCUAGCCGAUCACAUCUUAGAGGCCUCAACUGAUCGGCUAAAGCAGGAGGAUUUGGAGACAGAAACGGACUCUGGGAAGUCAGGGAUCAACAGUGAUGUCAGAUACCUGUCUGGUUACCUCGGUGAAGUGGAGAGGUUUCUAAACUCCAAAUCCCACACUCCUAGCUCCAAAACAAACUCUCUCUCAGGGCCUGAGGAUCAGCAGAGUCCUCAGGCUAGGCAAGCCCUCCCCUCCCCCUUUGACUGGAGCUCAUUCCUCUGUGCAGCUAUGAAAGAGGAGAGGUUGAAAAGUGACUCCUCCUGUCUUGCAAUGACUGAGGCAGAACAGGGUGAACUGUACGAGGCCAUCAGGCAUGCUCUGCACUCCCUCAGAAAACACAAGGGUCCCAUUCAGGAACAACGCAAAGAGAUUGCUGCAGUGAUUCAGCGCUGCUAUAAGAGAUACAAGCAGUAUGCACUUUAUAAGAGGAUGACCCUGGCAGCCAUCCUGAUCCAGAGCCGUUUCCGGAGUUUCCAUGAGCAGAGGAAGUUCCAACAAAGUCGUAGAGCAGCGGUCCUCAUCCAGCAAUACUACCGCUCCUAUAGACACUCCCUCGGGUACUCACACAAUACUCACAACCACAGCUAUAACACAGAAUUAUGUGGACGCUCUCAUUCUCACUCCUGUUUCUUUGCCUGCAGCAGUCUCCUAACAAAAAAACAGAACCAGGCUGCUCGAAAGAUCCUGAGGUUUCUGCUCCGAUGCCGCCACAGCCCCUUGAUGGACCAUAGGCCUCUCAAACGGGGUCAGAGAGCAGAGAAAGGCCAGGGGUCCUGAGAGCCCACCACCAGGCCCCACACACAGCCCUCUCAGCCUGUGAGCAAUCUAUAAACCCUCCCCUCUUCCAUCUUAUCCUUUCUUUCACCCUCCUAUAAAACCCUCCUUCCCUUUUCCAUCCCCUGUCUCCUUCCCCUGACUCUCAUCUCCCUCUCCUCCUUCGUUCUCUCUCACCCUCUCUCCCCUCUUCUCUCAAGAGGGACAAAAACUCUUCCCAGACAGACUGAGGACAGGAUAGGUGUCCAUCAUGGCAGCUCAGACAGACAGACUGCUGGGUAGGGCCUGGGGACCUGGCUCUGCCCACAGCACUGAUCCUCCUCCACAGUUUCACUGGGAGGCCAUCACAUUAACCUCAUGGCAUUCUUUGCACUCUUCAUGGGUAUGUUUUUUUGCAAGAGAAAAUGGACGAGUCAGAAGAGAGGACGGUGAGGAAGCACCUGACGCCGACAUGCUGCAGCAACCAGAUGCACUAAAAGGCUCUGAAGAUGAACGGCUGGCUCAACAUGAAGGCUACUUUGACAUGCAGAAAAUAUACAAAACCUUUUUUGUAACCAGACAGCAAUCCAUGAAAGAAUAAGAAAACAUAAACCAAAAAACUCACUUCUAUGUUGCAUUUGCAUGCAAGAUUUUUUCGCUAAUUCCUCCUCUCCAUCAUCUCGCAGAGCUAUAGUGGCAGAUCAUUCAGCUAAUUUAGUAUAUCACAGUACCACCAACCACUCUGACUCACAGGCUUACAAACCUAUUAAUCAGUCACCCGACCAAAAGGGGAGGAACUGCACUUGAAUGUAAGAGGGGCAUUGUUAGAUAAGGGGUGGGGUCUGAAUAACGAUGUCUUAAUUUGUUACAUGGACUUUGUAUGGAGUCGUUCUCAGAGGCAGCACUUUGCUCGCCUGCCGUGGUGUGUCCGUGUUUGUUCAAUUCAAUGCAUGUGUUUGAGCCAUGAGCUCCUGCAUGCUUGCCAAACUGCUUUAGUGUUGUUUCUUUUUGUAUUUCUAUGUGUAGUUGUGUCUCACUUACGUCCUCAUCGACUUCUCCUUGCCCUGUGUAAUGUGAACUGUGUAAGGACAAAUGUCUUAUUUUGGGUGCUUAUUUUUUUACUUUAUUUAUUUAAGGGUCUAAUUAUUUAUUUGAUUGGCUCAAGAGUGGGUUAAGCUUGAGACUGGUUUUCCCCCCUUGUGUGGUAAAAUAUGACAUGUUCCAAUGGUUAAAUGUCUCUGUUAGUUUGUUCUUUGCGUGAACCUCUAAAUCCUAACUGUGGUUUUGAGGAGAGAGUCACAUACCAUUGCCUUGACUUCUUCUUGACUCUGAGAGGUCUCUAUGCUUGCUCUGUACAGGACAUGGGUCCUAUACCUGCCCCUAUACAGGGCAUUGGUCCCCAUAUUAGCCCAUAUGGGCAAUCAAAUCCAUAUUUUGGACUAUUGCAUAUUCCUGUAUAUAAACUGACGAGGUAAGGGGAUACGAGGACCCUGAAACUUUUUCAUAAGAGGACUGUAUUUAAGAUUAUAAAUUAUUUUACUCCCAUAAUGAGAACUUAAGACAGAGACCUGAGUACACAGGAUGGCUGUAUUGCUUGUAAAUAAUGUAGAUAUUACAAACGGAGUAACAUGCAUGAGAUUUAAAGACAAAGAAACAGCAAAAAGAACAUGUUAGUGGCUAUGGACUGUGAGAGGAUUUUAACUGCUUCACUUUAAGAGUAUCCAGUAUAAGUGUUACUGAAAAGAACAUUUUGUUAAAGCAUGCAACUGAAAAAUCUAACGUUAGAAUUAUAAGUGGGAAAACAAAGUUAGCUGAAACAAUGAUCUUUCAGAUGAAACAUUUACACUUUGUGCUUUUGUUUCUUGGCUAGCAAAAAUUAAACCCUUUUUGCCAGUAGUGCCAAUUUAUUAUGAAUGCUAUUUUGCCUAAUAAUACUAUGUUAUGUUGGGGAAACCAACACCCAAAAGAUAUCAGUAAGAUCCACAGAGGCAACACACACAGACAAUAAACAGUAGAAGAGAUCUAGAUCUAGCUCUAAUGUAGACCUACUACAAGUUUAAGGCAGACUAACAGUAUGUGUAGAUGAAGGUGAUGAUGAUGAUGAUGAUUAAGGUGUUGAUGCAAGUAUGUAAAUGAUAUUAAUUGUGAUGAAGGUUGUGUCACUAUGAAUGCAAUGAAUGAUGAUCCAAAAAAAAGGGAAGAGGGCGCUACAUUCUUGACAAUGUGGUUGUGCUUCAGCAACAUCCUAGCUUUUCUUACAACCAUUAAUCACACCUACAGCGGAUCCAGCCUGGCCUCCAGUCAAAGCUCUCCAUCUUCAAACAGAAUGUCUCCUCCCCACUUUUUUUACAUAUCAGUUUGAUCCUUCUUUCUUCUCAUUGUCACUGCCAUUACUGUACGAUGUGUACUUCUGGAAAGCUCUGUUUAGAAAGUGCCUGCUCAAUAACAGAAAGCUAAUAUCAGGAAAUAUCUAUUGUAUGUCCUCCAAAAAAAGGUUGCCAGUUACCUGUUUAUUUUCCUAAAUUGUGUGUAAAAAAAGAUGAACUUGACAGUGUGAAACUUGAUCUGAGUCUAAGCUGGAAGCUCUAAUUUGUCAUAAGUAUGAAUGAAUCUUCAUGGCCUGAUUGAUGCUAAAUGUUGCUUUAUGAGACGAACCAGUAAUGAUUACAGUAUCACUUUUUGCCCUACUUGUGUGUCAGUUCUGCAGUAUUAGAACAAAAGAACCAUAGAAAUCAGCCUCAGUGUAUGAAAAGCACUGUCACGACUCGUCUAUUACGUGUCCCAGUGUCCCCGCUGAGAGGAAGACGUGUAUUUUUCUGUCCUGUUUUUCUGUCUUUCCUCAGAAAUGUUAUUUAGCAUUUAAUCAAAAGCAGUUUUCCAGAGGACAAAUAGCUGUCAUACACUUCUUUCAUUCUUUCUAUGUCUCUCUUCCACUCACUCUCUCUGACAGCUGUGCAUGUUAACACGUACACAAAUCACGCACAGAUGUACACAUUCAGAUACUUAAAAAAAAUGCCACACCCUGUCCCUCUGUGCUUAUGUCUUUGGGAAAAAUUAAAUCUCUCCCUUAGAUUUUACUCAGGGUUGAAGAACAGGGAGACAGUAUGUGGAGUGUGAAGAUUGUACCAUACAGGUGGUGACUGUGUGCAUUUGUGUGCAUAUAUGUAUGUGUGUUUGUUAGGGAUACUCCAGUGUCUACAAAUUACUUCUCAAGUCAUGUUCUUGAGUGACGCACUUCUAAAAAAAUUCACUCUCAUGUCGCGAGCAGCAAAUGUCAUCUGUUAGCUCCAUCCAAGCUGUGUUUGCAUCACCUUUUCUACAAGAAUGUCCAAAUCCCGUAUUUUAUAGGAUUUUUUUUAAUGUAAACUCAAUUCAAAGCAAGUAUGGAGUAAUAUUUCUAUUUAUACACUUGCUCUUGUCUUAAACGCACAAGAUUCUUAAUACAAACGACUCUUAAACAAUGCAAAAAUAAGCAACGGCCACGUAACACCUCAAUUUUCGUAAUUAAAUACAGUUCUAAGAGACAGUUUAUUGAAAGAUUUGCAAUUGGAAGAUAUUUAUUGUUUUUGUUCAACAUGUUUUUCUGACUUUUCAUCAUACUGAGAGACAGCCAUGGUCAGGACAGUGCUGUCAGGAGCAUUCAUGCUACGAUUUCACUUGAACCUCCUCUUAAACCGCCCCUCCUCUCACAUCAGCACAACUACAGUCACACAAAGGACACUCCUUUAUAUCUAGUAUGCACACACAGACAAACACACACCCCAGCAUCCAGACGCUUGUGCUUAUCAACACACACAUCAAACUAGACACAUAGACUGCAAAAACCCAUCAGUAUGUUCAUGCUUUUGGAGAGGAUGGUGACUGUAAAAAAUAAAACAGUAUGUAGAAUAGAAAAUUUUUAAAAAGAAAGAAAUAUUGCCAUAGUAGACAGGUGGUAGACAUGCGCAGAGAUGGCCUCUGUUCUCAGAAGUCCGCCUAGUAAUGAAUGGUAUAACCUUUCAGGCCUUGUUUUGGGAGGGCGUGGCCAACACCACAUUGCAUGCUAGAAUGGUAGACCCUUAUAGAUAAUCUAUGGCUAGACCUCUCCUUGCCUUUCCCCCCUCUCUCACCCUGUCUCUCCCCCCCUCCUCUCUCUUUCUCUCUCUCAUUUCCUGCUGUAUUCCCACUUUGCCUGCCGUUGUGUUCUCCAUGCCUAUCUCAGUCCUUCAUUCUUCUUUUAUUUUCUUUUUGUAGCCUAGUUUUUACUUUGUUUGUUUUACAAACGUGCAUGCACAAGCAUCACUAAAUUGUUGAUGUUUUUAAAAGAAUAUUUUGUUGCUGAGGCCAUGCAAAGUGUUUUGAAUAUUGCCCUUAUAUGUGGAAAAUGUCUUCUGAAUGCUUUACAUAAUUUCUGCUGUAAAAUGAAAUCAGAAUAAAAAGAAAAUUUGCACUUUA